AUGAACUUCGAAGACGAGCAGCUCGUCAACUUUUAUCACGAUCGCGUGUCUGCGCACCGACGACUUCUUUCGCCGACAAGCGAGUCCCUCUGGGACAGAUUUCACUGGUCGGGCUGGAGCAUCACACUGCUGGUCCUCGCAGCUACGCUCCUCUACAGAGCGUAUGGCCAGGAGACAACUCUCGAUGCGGUCGUGACAUCGGCAGGCAAUAUUCUUCUCGAAGCACUCAUCUUUGUCCUACCCGCCCGCGUAAUCUUUGCCGUUGACAGCUGGAUCAACCCGUCGCAACCGAUGAGCAACAACAACACGCACACAGCCAAGAGCGAUGCGAUGCGCCGUAUAAUAGGACUGGACCGACCAGGAGGUGUGAUGGCUACCGUUCUGAAAGCCCGAAGCCGCGCGCUGUCGGCCACAAGCAAUGUCUUUGGGGUCAAGGCGCCGUCCGACCAGCCACCAGGGCUAGGCAACAUUGAUAAUUCGUGCUACCAGAAUAGCAUCCUGCAGGGACUUUCCUCGCUCGAUUCUAUUCCGGAGUUUCUGUCAACGUGUCUCGAGAAUCUGGACACUAAGCAACCCAAUAGCAAUGUUGCUCAGACACUAAAGACACUGAUAUCUGAUCUAAAUGAUCUCGAAAACAGCGGACAGACUUUAUGGACGCCGAGAGUGCUCAAAUCGAUGAGCACGUGGACACAGCAGGAUGCGCAAGAAUACUACUCCAAAAUACUCGACGACAUAGAAAAGAGCGUGGCCACUGCAGUGCAGGGCUGUCGGCCGCAGCAUGGGCUGGAAAGUGACGCACUGGUCAAGGACGAUGCGACACCCAGCGAACACAGCGAUGACAGCGGAUACCACAGCGCCACUCCCGACUCGAGAUUGUCCGAGAUGAAGCUGAUUCGAAAUCCUCUCGAGGGGCUGCUCGCGCAAAGAGUAGCCUGCAUACGUUGUGGUCACUCGGAUGGCAUCUCCAUGAUUCCAUUCAACUGUCUUACGCUCAGCCUUGGACUCGACAAGAAUCAACACGAUCUCUACGAGCGUCUAGAUGCGUACACCAAGGUCGAGGCCAUCGAAGGUGUCGAGUGCCCCAAGUGCACGCUUUUGAAAACGCAAAUUCUCUUAACAAACCUCUUGAAUAAGAUGAAGGAGAGCAAUAUUUCCGAGACACAGUUGUCCGACACGAUGCAACGCUUGGAGGCAGUCAAUCUUGCGUUGGAAGAGGAUGACUUUGACGAAAAGACGCUUCACGGGGCAUGCAAAAUCUCACCAAAAAGCAAGGUUAUGACAACCAAGACGAAACAAAUCGUGAUCGGGCGGCCACCUCAAUCACUGGUCGUACAUAUGAAUCGGUCUGUAUUUGAUCCAACCACGUUUGAUAUGAUCAAAAACUCAGCACCUGUGCAUUUUCCCAUGACUCUAGAUCUUGGCCCGUGGUGCCUAGGCAGCUCGGGCAGCAAGGCUGGCAGCGUCAGUAGGGAAGAGUUGUGGCCCACGGGGUCCAUGGCUUCCUUAAUCGCUGCGGACAGCAACCGCUCGCGGCUUUCCGGUCCGAUUUACGAGCUGCGCGCUGCCGUGACACACUAUGGCCGGCAUGAAAAUGGACACUACAUAUGCUAUCGCAAGUACCCACGAUCUGCACAAAGUACCCCGGCUCCCAGCGAAGCAGCCGAGGCAACGACUGAUGAUACGUCGGAGGGGUUUACAGGACCCGCGCCGGAAGAGAACGCAAGACUAGCGAUGUCUGAGUCCAAGGCUGCACCCGCACAUUCUGACGAAUUUGUUGAAAAAAAUGAAGAAGUUACUUCGGCAGAAGCUCAAGAGGCCGAGAUUGAGGGUAGUGUAGAAGAAGUUGCAACAGGCGAAGUUGCUGAUCCCGACACCGACGCCCAGGCAGAGAAUCGGAGCGAGGCCACCACGCCGAUUGAGCCGACGUGGUGGCGCCUCAGUGAUAACAACGUCAGCAAAGUAAGCGAUGAGACAGUCAUGUCGUUAUCGCCCGGCGUCUUUAUGCUCUUUUACGAAUGCGUCGAUUCCACCAUGGUUCUCGACGCGGAGGAGGACGAGAUGCAGGACGCUGAGGCUGGCCUACCUACCAAUUUUCAUUCCGAGGCUACAACACUCACCGCGCCAUCGGGGCCCGGCUCGCGCACUUCGAUGUCGGGCACUUUGGGCACGCCUACAGCGGACACAGAGACGGACAUGGAGACGGAGACGGAGGCUGACGCCAACGAAUACCGAUCAGAUGCUGGCGCCACGGAGACGGACGAUACGACAGUGGGGACCGCAGAGUCGGCCUCUCCUCCAGACAGCGAUUCCGGGGUUGACAGCAAGCCUUGA